ACCGUUUCGUGUUAACGUUUCUUUCUAGCAUGUCUGCAAGCCCCUCUACAAUUUCUGCGAUAGCUGGACUGCCUGCUGACGCGGUCGCGCGAUGUGAGAAGGAAGCCCGCAGAGACGGGGCAUUUGCGGGUUUGACAUGCGGACUGACAGGAGCCCUGGUUGGCGCAAAGCUUAUGCGUCUCAAUCGUAAUCUCACCGUUGUUUCUGGCUGUCUCACCGGAGUUUUGUCCGGAUAUUUAUUUACGCUGGCCUUUCGAGACGCUAACAUAGCGCAGUUACGAAAGGAGGUCCAGCUGAAUGCAAGAUCUACUUCCUUCGUGGCGGUCGAUCAUACACAAUAGAAUGAUUUUUGCCAGCACCUACGAAACUCUCUUUCUACCCGAUCAGGGGACAUGGUUAUGCCUUGCUUUGGGUCGUCCACCAACGUCAUCAAAAUAAGUCUGGGGCGA